ACCCAAAACCCCACAGCGCCCACUCCUCCCAAAACGAUGUCGUUUUGCCGCCUCAUCCGCCGCGCAUUUUCCACCGCCACCCAGCCCAAACCCAAGAGCAUCAGAGCCAUCUCCGAAGACCUCUACAGAGAACGCAACCUCAAACGCCUCGUCCACAAGUUCAAAGAGUCCUCAGAGAUCUACCGCUUCCGAACCAAAAGCCCCAUUUACGAAGAAACUGUCCGCCGCCUCGCCACCGCCAAGCGCUUCAAUGCCAUCGAAGAAAUGCUGGAGCACCAGAAGAAGUACCCGGAUUUCGCCGACGAGGGUUUCGCCGUUAGAAUCCUUUCCCUUUAUGGAAAGGCCGGGAUGUUCGAUAAUGCCCAGAAGGUGUUCGACGAAAUGCCUGACAGAAACUGCGUGCGCACCGUGCUGUCCUUCAACGCGCUUAUGGGCGCGUGCGUGAACUCCAAGAGGUUUGAUAUGGCUGAGAAGAUAUUUAAGGAGGUGCCGGAGAAGUUGUCUGUUGAGCCGGAUUUGGUGUCUUACAAUAUUUUGAUCAAGGCGUUUUGUAAGAUGGGUUCAUUUGAUUCCGCGGUUUUGGUGCUUGAAAAGAUGGAGAAGAAGGGUAUGAAGCCGGAUGUGAUCACGUUUAACACGAUUUUGGAUUGCUUGUAUGGGAAUCAGCGGUUUUCAGAUGCUAAGAAGAUAUGGGGUGUAAUGGUGGAGAAGAAUGUUGUUCCGGAUAUUAGGAGCUAUAAUGCCAAGUUGAUGGGAUUGGCUUUGGAGAAGAGGAGUAAAGAAGGGGCUGAAUUGGUUAAGGAGUUGAGGAGUAGUGGAGUGGAACCUGAUGUGUUUAGCUUCAAUGCCUUGAUUAAGGGAUUUGUGGGUGAGGGGAACUUGGAGGAAGCUAAGCGGUGGUAUGGUGAACUAGUGAAGAGUGGUUGUGCUCCGGAUAAAUGGACUUUCGAGAUGCUUGUUCCCUUUUCUUGUGAGAAGGGGGAUGUGGAGUAUGGUUUUGAGCUCUGCAAGGAUAUUUUCCAAAGGCGCCGUCUUGCUAGUGCGGCAAUGUUGCAGCCUGUGGUGGAUGGUCUGGUUAAGGCCUCUAUGAUUGAGCAGGCAAAGGAACUUGUCAAACUUGGGAACACUAAUUCCUACAAACGUUUUAACUUGAAGUUGCCUUCAGACGAGUAGGGCCUUUCUUUUCUUUUUGCUGCUCUCUUUUGUAUGUUGAAUUCUAAUUUGGUUUUGAAGCACAAACAUGUAGGGUAAGCG